UGUAUAUUGAUAUUUAAAUAAGAACAGAUUGUUAAAGUAAUUUAUGUCUGUGUAUGGGGUAUAUCCUAGACUGUCUGCUGAUAUAUCCGAUAAGUAGGAAUCAAUUAGUAUAUACAUUUAUUUGAUUGUCAGUACACAGUUUUCUUGUACUCACUGUUCUGCAAAUAACCAAAGGCGUUUUAGGGUCAAUGAGCUGAUAGGCCACAAGUGCGAGACUGAAAAUAUAUUUAAUUUCUACUGAAAUAUCAUAUUCUUGCUUAACAAAUUUUGCGCAGAGUGAAUAUAUAUUUCUACAGCAAAGAAUAAGUUUAAAGACGGGUAUCUCUAAAAUAAAUGCUGAACGUUGGCCGGAAAGGUCAAGUUCUUUUCUAUUGGGCGGUUCAAAGGCAAACCAGUUUUCUAAUAGUUUCAAAUGAAAGAUAGAUAUAGAAGGGAAUUCGAAGCCGUCAAAUGCUAAUGUUGUAGACAAAUUCAUGGUACUUAACCGAGUCGAGAAGAGGUAAAAAGAACAACUGUUCAAAGACUGUCAAACAUCAAUUGUUUCUGUUAGCUGUUUGUGUAGUUGUGUUCCAAGUUUUUUGAUAGCCACAUGCUAGGUUGACAAUUUGUUUAAAUAUUAGCGACCCAAAUAGACCAGAAGUGGAUUAUGAUGCCAACAGGCAGUAAAAAAACAUUAAAACAGUGUGACAAUAACAAAAUGCAGACAUCAAAUGGCGCACAGUAGCGUCCAAUUUAUUGGAACAGUGGCCCUCUUUGGCAAAGAGAGAAAGAGAGCGGCUUUGCUGAAGAGAUGCCGAGUUGACUUCAAAUCGAAUGAGUGCGCAAAAGAAAAAGGUAAAAGCAGCUGGCGAAACAACAACAAACGGUAAACGUAACUAGCGCUUGGCGCAAACGCAGACGCCGACGUUGACGGCGCGGCUGACGUCGCAGCUCAGAGUGCUGAUCAACGCUUGGACUUGGCCAAAAAGGCGGCCAAGCGCUCACAGGAACAUUCAGUUGUGCCGCGAACGUUGUGCGCUUCACACGUAACUCUCCCGCUGCAGUGCCGGGCUGUCUGUUAACAGUUAUACCGAAAAGCUUACAGCAUUUAACUGUAUCUUGUGACAGUGCCAAGCGAAGAAUUAGAAAAGCUUUUCAACAAUUCAAGAACUGUGAUCUCUCGCGUAUUCCAUUUCGUGUGUGUGUGCGUGUGCGUGUCUUAAAUGUCUCUCAACGCGGAUCGCUCCUACAAAAUGAAGCUGCGCGAUGUGGAAAACGCCUUCAAAUAUAGACGCAUACCGUAUCCGAAGCGUUCCGUGGAGCUGAUUGCACUGCUGGCCAUAUCGUGCACAUUUUUUCUGUUCAUGCACACAAACAAAUUAAAUAGUCGACUCAAGGAAAUGGAGGUGAAGCUACAGCCAUCCGAGUUCUCGGCCCUGGGACUAACUGGCAAUCACAUAAGCGGACAUGAUGCGGGCAAACAUGACGACAUUAAUACUCUGCACGGCACCUAUCAAUAUCUGAAGAGCACCGGCCAGCUACGUGGUCACAAUGUGCACGCGGCCCGAAAGGGCGAGGAGCUGCAACAGCAUGGAUUAGCAAAUUAUCAAACAGCUCAUCCAUCACAUAACCAUGUGCACAAAGCUCUGCACGAUAAACAGCUGGCAAUGCCAAAGAAUCUGCAUGCCGAAGAUGACGAUGAAGCUGAGGAUGAUGAAGACGAAGAUGAUGAGCAUGGCUACAAUAUGGCCGCGGAUUUGCUCAAUAAUACCAAAAACGCGGAGGUGGACUUCGUCUUCUUCAAUCGCGUGCCCAAAGUGGGCAGCCAAUCGCUCAUGGAGCUAAUGCGGCGCCUGGGCAAGAUCAAUGGCUUUGUGCACUCACGCAAUCCGGGCAGCGCCAAGGAGACAAUUAUGUUGCCCAAGGAGGGCCAGAAGGAUCUGAUUGGGGAUCUGCUAACGCGGCCCAAGCCGCACAUCUAUAGCCAGCACAUAGCCUACAUCAAUUUCACCAGAUACCAUCUGCCUCGACCCAUCUACAUAAAUCUGGUACGGGAUCCAAUUGAGCGCAUUAUCAGCUGGCAUUACUAUGUUCGCGCACGCUGGUAUUACAAUGAUAUGAAGGCCAAGCUGGGCGAUAAGGCCAUAGCAAUGCCAUCGGAUGAGUUCCUCGAUCUCGAUCUGGACACGUGUGUGCGUAAACAUGAUCCGCAUUGCACAUUUGAGCAAAUGCAGAUCAAAAAUCCCGUGGGUGAUCAUCGCAGGCAAACUCUGUUCUUCUGCGGCAUGAACAAGAAGCUAUGCAUGCCCUUCAAUUCGGAGAUGGCCAUGCAGAAGGCCAAGCGCACUGUGGAGUCGGAAUAUGCUGUCGUGGGCACCUGGGAGGACACAAACAUCACGUUAACCGUGCUGGAGCAUUAUAUACCACGUUAUUUUCGCAAUGCCAAGGUGGCCUAUUAUCUGGGUGAGGAGCGACUCUCGCGUGUCAAUCGGAACAAUGUCACACGCAUCGUGAGCGAUGAGACGCGUCAAUUGCUACGCAAGAAUCUGACAAAUGAGAUUGAGUUCUAUGAGUUCUGUAAACAGCGUCUAUAUCUGCAAUAUGCGGCACUCGGCAAUGGCAAGCGAUUUGGCGAGGAUGACUAUCUGCUGAUGCCGGAGCUGCGCGGUGAAGAUUCGAAAGAUGAUUAUGAGUAUUAAACAGAAGUGUAUAUAUCAUUUAAGCUGUGCCAACUAUUAUUAAAUAAAUUCCUUUAUACCAUUACACACAAAAUAUGCACUUUAUUCUGACCUAAGUAAACGUCUUUAGACUUUAAGUCUGUCUGUGACUUACACUGCUUGGGAAUU